UCUGUCCCCGCCCACCCCGCCUGGAGUGAGCGGCGCGGCCCGAGGCAAGGGUGCAGUGUCUACCUGAUCCGGUUGAGAUUUGAGAACGGAGAGGCUUGGCCCACCAGAGACCAUGGGCUCCAUGUUCCGUGGCGAGGAAGUAGCCCUGGUGCAGCUCUUCCUGCCCACAGCAGCCGCCUACACCUGCGUGAGCCAGCUGGGCGAGCUGGGCCUCGUGGAGUUCAGAGAUCUCAAUGCAUCGGUGAGCGCCUUCCAGAGACGCUUUGUGGUGGAUGUCCGGCGCUGUGAGGAGCUGGAGAAGACUUUCACCUUCCUGCAGGAGGAGGUGCGGCGGGCUGGCCUGGCCCUGCCCCUGCCUGAGGGGAGGCUGCCCGCGCCCCCACCUCGUGAACUGCUACGCAUCCAGGAGGAGACAGAUCGCUUGGCCCAGGAGCUGCGUGACGUUCGGGGCAACCAGCAGGAGCUGCGGGCCCAGCUACACCAGCUGCAGCUCCAUGAGGCCGUGCUGGGCCAGAGCCACGGCCCCCCGCUGGCAGCUGCCCACACGGAUGGUCCCUCCUCAGAGAGAAGUCCCCUGCUGCCGCCCCCUGGGGGGCCACACCAGGACCUGAAGGUCAACUUUGUGGCAGGUGCUGUGGAGCCCCACAAGGCCGCCGCCCUGGAGCGCCUGCUCUGGAGGGCCUGUCGUGGCUUCCUCAUUGCCAGCUUCCAGGAGAUGGAACAGCAGCUGGAGGACCCCGUGACAGGUGAGCCUACGAGGUGGAUGACCUUCCUCAUCUCCUACUGGGGCGAGCAGAUUGGACAGAAGAUCCGCAAGAUCACAGCAUGCUUCCACUGCCACGUCUUCCCAUACCUGGAGCAGGCAGAGGCCCGGCGGGGGGCCCUGCAACAGCUGCAGCAGCAGAGCCAGGAGCUGCAGGAGGUCCUAGGGGAGACGGAACGGUUCCUGAGCCAGGUGCUGGGCCGGGUGCAGCAGCUGCUGCCCGCAGGACAGAUGCAGAUCCGGAAGAUGAAGGCUGUGUACCUGGCCCUCAACCAGUGCAGUGUGAGCUCCACACACAAGUGCCUCAUUGCCGAGGCCUGGUGUGCCGUGCUCGACCUGCCCACUCUGCAGCAGGUGCUGCAGGACAGCUCGAGUGAGGCGGGAGUGAGUGCCGUGGCUCACCGCAUCCCCUGCCAGGACAUGCCCCCGACUCUCAUCCGCACCAAUCGCUUCACUGCCAGCUUCCAGGGCAUUGUGGACGCCUACGGUGUGGGCCGCUACCAGGAGGUCAACCCUGCACCCUACACCAUCAUCACCUUCCCCUUCCUCUUUGCGGUGAUGUUCGGCGACGUGGGCCACGGGCUCCUCAUGUUCCUCUUCGCCCUGGCCAUGGUGCUUGCAGAGAACCGGCCGGCCGUGAAGGCCGCACAGAAUGAGAUCUGGCAGACCUUCUUCGGGGGCCGCUAUCUGCUUCUGCUCAUGGGCCUGUUCUCUGUGUACACCGGCUUCAUCUACAACGAAUGCUUCAGCCGAGCCACCACCAUCUUCCCCUCUGGGUGGAGCGUGGCCGCCAUGGCCAACCAGUCUGGCUGGAGUGAUGCAUACCUGACCCAGCACCCACUGCUCACCCUGGACCCCAAUGUCUCUGGUGUCUUCCUAGGACCCUACCCCUUCGGCAUUGACCCGGUCUGGAGCCUGGCCACCAACCACCUGAGCUUCCUCAAUUCCUUCAAGAUGAAGAUGUCUGUCAUCCUGGGUGUCAUCCACAUGGCCUUCGGGGUGAUCCUGGGUGUCUUCAACCAUGUGCACUUUGGCCAGGGCCACCGGCUGCUGCUGGAGACAUUGCCCGAGCUCAUCUUUCUGCUGGGCCUCUUUGGCUACCUCGUCUUCCUGGUUGUCUACAAGUGGCUGUGCAUCACAGCCGCCAGCUCUGCCUCCGCCCCCAGCAUCCUCAUCCACUUCAUCAACAUGUUCCUCUUCUCCAGCAGCCCCACCAACCGGCCGCUCUACCACAUGCAGGAAGUGGUGCAGUACGUACUGGUGGUCCUGGCCUUGGCCUCGGUGCCUGUCCUGCUGUUGGGCACACCUUUGUACCUGCUGCGCCGGCAGCGCCACCUCCAGAGAAGGCCUGCGGUGGGACAGGAUGAGGACAAGGCCAAACUUACGGACUCCCCUGAUGCCUCUGAGAGUGGCUGGGGUCCUGAUGAGGAGAAGGCAGGGUGCUCUGGGGACGAAAAGGAAGCUGAGCUUGUUCCCUCCGAGGUCUUCAUGCACCAGGCCAUCCACACCAUCGAGUUCUGCCUCGGCUGCAUCUCCAACACGGCCUCCUACCUGCGCCUCUGGGCCCUGAGCCUGGCCCAUGCCCAGCUGUCGGAGGUCCUGUGGGCCAUGGUGAUGCGCGUGGCCCUGAGUGCAAACCUCAAGGUGGGCAUGCAGGCCGUGGCGCUGGUCUCUGUCUUUGCCGCCUUCGCCGUGCUGACCGUUGCUAUCCUGCUGGUGAUGGAGGGGCUCUCGGCCUUCCUGCAUGCACUGCGGCUGCACUGGGUGGAGUUCCAGAACAAGUUCUACUCAGGCACUGGCUACAAGCUGAGCCCCUUCACCUUUGCUGCGAAGGAUGAAUAGCACCCCAGCGCGUCCUUACCUCCUUAAGCCAGGAAAGCAAUAAAGAGCAGGCAGGCCUGCAACAGCA